GAACUCACGUCUCGCGGGGUUGCUCGUGUUGUUUCCAACGUUGAGGCUGGAUCACUGCUGGAGUGUUGUUUAUACUGAGCAUAUAUCUAAUUUUUUUUUAAAGAUUUAUUUAUCUUUUGUUUGUCCGCAAGUGGAUGUUCAACAGAGUUUAUUUUUAGCCUCUGUAGGAUAGAACUGUUCUGGGAUCAGCGAUGAACGGAACAUUUUUAGCAGGAAAGAUGGGAAUGCAUCUCUAACGGUGGAAAGAAACAUUAGCCAAAUAAGCGUGAAGCAGCCUGCCAAAAAAAAACAACCUCCUUCCUGCUUCCUUAUAGAUCCAGGCUUUUCAGCUGGACGCUACUGCCUAAUCAUGGGCUCAAUACUUAGUCGAAGAAUUGCUGGAGUUGAAGACAUCGAUAUUCAAGCCAAUUCCGCUUACAGAUAUCCUCCCAAAUCCGGAAAUUAUUUCACCAGUCACUUUUUUAUGGGAGGCCAGAAAUUUGACACGCCCCAUCCUGAGGGAUAUCUGUUUGGAGAAAACAUGGAUUUGAAUUUUUUAGGCAACAGACCCGUUCAGUUUCCCUAUGUGACCCCUGCACCUCAGGAGCCUGUGAAGACCCUGAGGAGUCUAGUGAACAUCAGGAAAGACUCUUUACGGCUUGUUAGGUACAAAGCUGAAGCUGAAAGCACUGCAGAGGAAGCUGGAAAUCCGGGAGUUUUGUACGGUGUGGAGUUUUACUUUGACACUGACGCCAGGGUGGCCAUCACACUAUACUGCCAGGCUUUUGAGGAGUUUUCUAAUGGAGUAGCAGUCUAUACUCCAAAAACACCAGCUAUGGCAUCCGAGACAGUCUGCUAUAAGAGAGGGAUAAACCAGCAGUUUUCUCUGCCAUCUUUCAAGAUUGAUUUCACUAAAUGGAAACCAGAGGAGCUGAACUUUGACCUGGACAGAGGUGUUUUCCCUCUGGUGAUUCACGCGGUUGUGGAUGAUGGAGAUGAUGUCGUUGGACACGCUCAUGUACUUUUAGCAGCAUUUGAACGGCAUGUCGAUGGCAGUUUUUCAGUGAAGCCUUUGAAGCAGAAGCAAAUUGUUGAUCGCGUCAGCUACCUGCUCCAGGAGAUUUAUGGCAUCGAGAAUAAGAACAACCAAGAGACAAAGUCUGUAGAGGAUGAGAACAGUGACAACAGCAGUGAGUGUGUGGUGUGCCUGUCAGACCUGCGCGACACACUCAUUCUCCCCUGCAGGCACCUUUGUCUCUGCAAUGCGUGUGCUGACACACUACGUUACCAAGCCAACAACUGCCCUAUCUGCCGACUGCCCUUUAGAGCACUGUUACAAAUCCGUGCAGUGAGGAAGAAGCCUGCUGGGGUGCUCUCCUCUGUCCCCUUCAGUCCGGUGCUAUCUCAGAGCUCAGACAACACAGAGAAUUCGAACUCUGAGAACAUCCCUCCAGGCUACGAGCCUGUGUCCCUGCUGGAGGCCCUGAACGGCGUGCAGCCUGCGUCUCCUGCUCUGCCCUCAGCCCCUCUGUAUGAAGAGGUCCAGUACUCAGGAGAAAUGGGUGACCCACUGACCCUGAGCAUGAAGCAGCAGAGCACCGUGGAGCUCAGUACAGAUCCAGCAGCUCUGAAAUCCAAACUCAGCAAGUCACCAGAUGGGUCUACACGCUCCCCCACGUCUCCUAUCCAGGAGGAGGAGGAUGAGGAGCAUCUGUCUGAUCUGUCUGAUGCUCAGCCUCGCCCUGUGCGGCCCUACAGUCCAGCUCCCACUGAGGCGACAGUAGAUGGGGUAGAAUCAGAUCCAGGAUCCCCUAACACAGGUUCAGAGGGCAGGUCUGUGGGGGUGUCUGUGAGUGAGAUCCUGCAGGACUGCCAUAGUGCGCGCAGCAGCUUGAGCCGCACGGAGAGCGAUCCCUCAGCAGACCUGGCACUGCCUGCAUCUGAGUCCUGGUCUACUGCUGUUGAGGAAUGUUCGUAACGUCCCAUUUUCAGGGUCAUCAGGGUCCAUUGAGAGUCUGAAGAGUCAGAGCACCAGCAGCUCCAUCCAACCUUUGCUCUGCCUCCCCAGUAGCCUGUGCAUCGAGGACGAGCUCCUCAGCCCCUAGCAGCACUACGCUCCUGUGUGCCUCUGCAUUAGCCUUUCUGCUUCAGUCAAGAGUCUCCUUCUAAGAAUAGCACAAUCACUAAUGUCUCUUAAAAGCUAUUAAGAAACACCAUUGUUCAUUUGAAAGGCUCAGACUAAUGUCCCCCUGCUAUGAACUACAGAUCUCCCAAACACUGACAUUCCUUUCAGUUGAAUCUUGUGUGUUUUUAGUGUCUUCCAAACAAUCAUUAAAGCAGAGGUACUCGAUUCAUAGUCCCGAAGAGGGCUGGCAAGUAUAACUGAUGUUCCCAAACUAAUGAACAAAUAGCUCACUGCUUUGACACAGCUCUAAUUGUAGUGAAGAUUUUAUUUCCAAGACACUAUGUUUUACAGUGAUAGUGCAAUCAUGUACAGUCCAGUCAGUUUCAGAUUUUUCAUAAGUUUUUUUAAAUGCAUUGUUAAGUGCUAAGUCUCUUUCUGCAAGAUAUCCAUCAUAAUAGUCUGUCUCUCAGUCUCUGUCUUUGGUCAAAGCGUUCACAUUUUGGUCAAAUUGUAAGCACUUCAUUGAGCUUUAGUAGCUGACUUAACAUUAAUGGGCGUUUUAUUUCAUAAAAGAUCAGGAUGCAUAUUAAGCCUAGUCCUAGACUAAAAUGUUUUUAACACUUUGAAAUGUGUAUUUUGGGUUAAGCUUUAACCCUCUGACUCUGACUAAAAGCCAGUCUAAUUUGUCAGAACCAUGGCUUUUUAGUGAUUCACUGCUUCAAUGCUCUGUAGAAUGAAUAUUGUAUAUUUGUAUGUAGUUAAAUCAUUUUAUCAUAAAGUGCUGUACACAAAUGC